AUAAACAUUCCAUUGUCUGGAUUCCUCCCUCUGCUCGUUGGAGGUUUCUGAAGAAAACACUAACGAAAUAUUUGUUAUCACCGCUAAACCUAGACGCUAUUCAAUCUUUAAGGAUGAGAAAGGUGGAGGAACUAGUGAGCUUAGUAAACCAAUUUCGUGAGAGAGGAGAAGCUAUUGACCUGGCUCGUGCUUCCUUCGUCACAUCUUUCAAUAUCAUCUCAAAUGCUCUGUUUUCAGUAGAUUUAGCGACGUAUGACUCUAACUCCUUGUCUUACGAAUUUCACAACACGGUGGUUCGCCUGAUGGAGAUCUCCGGUAAACCCAACGUAGGUGACUAUUUCUGGUAUAUGAGGUUUCUUGAUUUGCAAGGUACCCGAAAAGAAGCCGUACUCUGCAUGGAGAGAUUGUUUAGGGUUUUCCAAGAAUUCAUUGAUGCUCGGUUAGCCAAAAGAUUGUCUCAGACAGAGACAGAGCCUAAAGAGGCUUCGAGCAGGGACAUGCUAGACUCCCUUCUGGAUCUCACACAGCAAAACGAAGCAGAAUUAACGAUGAAUGAUAUCAAACACUUGCUUCUCGAUGUGUUUGUUGCUGGCACAGAUACAAGCUCAAGUACAAUGGAGUGGGCAAUGACGGAGUUAUUCCGUAGCCCGGAGAAGAUGAUUAAAGCUCAGAGUGAGAUACGGCAAGUGAUUGGUGAAAACAGUGUCGUUCAAGAAUCUGAUAUCCAGAGUCUGCCUUACUUACAAGCAAUUGUGAAAGAGACUCUUCGUUUGCAUCCUGCAGCUCCUUUGAUCCCUAGAAAAUCGGAAUCCGAUGUUCAGAUUUUGGGUUUCCUCGUUCCUGUGAAUACCCAGGUUUUGGUGAACGUAUGGGCUAUAGGACGAGACCCGAGCGUGUGGGACAAUCCAAUGAACUCCACUAACUCGAUACGGUUCAUUAAUCACCACGAGGUUUCCGUUGUCUGGCUUCCACCGUCGUCGCCUCGUUGGAGACUACUGAGAAAACUAGCGGCGACUCAGCUCUUCUCGCCACAGCGUCUCGAAGCCACGAAAACGUUGAGGGAGAACAAGGUGAAGGAACUCGUGAGCUUCAUAAGUGAAAGCAGCGAAAGAGAAGAAGCUGUUGAUAUUUCUCGUGCAACCUUCACCACAGCUCUUAAUAUCAUAUCAAACAUUCUGUUUUCUGUAGAUCUCGGUAGCUACGACUCGAAAAAAUCCAGUGAGUUUCAGGACACGGUGAUUGGUGUCAUGGAAUCUGUAGGGAAGCCAGACGCUGCUAACUUCUUUCCAUUUCUGGGGUUCCUUGAUCUGCAAGGUAAUAGAAAGACUCUGAAGGCUUGUUCCGAGAGAUUGUUUAAGGUUUUCCGUGGGUUCAUUGAUGCUAAAAUAGCGGAAAAAUCAUUGCGGAAUGUUAACCCUAAAGAUGUCUCGGAGAGAGAUUUUGUGGAUGUGCUUCUCGAUCUUACUGAAGGAGAUGAAGCAGAGCUCAACACUAACGAUAUUGAACACCUUCUCUUCGACCUGUUUGGAGCGGGGACAGACACAAACUCUAGUACCGUGGAAUGGGCAAUGGCAGAGUUACUUCGAAACCCUGAAAAAAUGGUAAAAGCUCAGGCUGAGAUCGACAGUGUGAUUGGUCAAAAAGGUGGUGUUGAAGAGUCUGAUAUCUCGGAACUGCCCUAUUUACAAGCAGUUGUGAAGGAAACUUUCCGGUUACAUCCGGCUGCUCCGCUACUAGUCCCACGAAAAGCGGAAUCAGACGUGGAGGUUCUCGGGUUCAUGGUGCCUAAAGAUACUCAGGUUUUGGUGAACGUGUGGGCCAUAGGACGAGACCCGAAUGUGUGGGAGAAUCCGUCCCGGUUUGAGCCAGAAAGGUUUUUGGGGAAAGAAACCGACGUGAGAGGUAGAGAUUAUGAGCUUACACCAUUCGGAGCCGGACGUAGAAUUUGCCCGGGAUUGCCUUUGGCUGUGAAAACAGUGCCUCUAAUGCUUGCUUCUCUUCUUUCUUCCUUUGAUUGGAAGCUUCCAAAUGGUGUCAUUUCUGAGGAUUUGGAUAUGGACGAGAGCUUCGGUCUCACAUUGCAUAAAACCAACCCGUUACAUGCCAUUUUGUCUGGACGUAGUCCCACUAACGCGAUACGGUCCAUCAAUCACCAAGAUGCUUCCCUUAUUUGGCUUCCUUCGUCGUCUGCUCGUUGGAGGCUGUUUAGAAGGCUGUCGGUGACUCAGCUCCUGCAUGUCACCACAGCGUAUCGAAGCCACGAAAGCAUUGAGGGUGAACAAGGUGAAGGAACUUGUGAGCUUCAUAACUACAACGCGAAAGCUUCUAUUAACGGGGUUCAAGACACGGUGAAUAGUGUUAUGGGUGCUGUCGGGAAUCCAGACGCUGCUAAUUACUUUCCAUUUCUGGGGUUUCUUGAUCUGCAAGAAAAAUCUUCGCAGAAUAACCCUAAAGAUGUUUCAAACAACGAUUUCGUAGACAACCUUCUCGAUUUCAAAGGAGAUGAAACAGAACUCAACAUUAGCGAUAUUGAACAUCUUCUCUUGGAUAUGUUUACAGCUGGCACGGAUACAAGCUCUAGUACCCUAGAGUGGGCAAUGGCAGAGUUACUUAGAAACCCUAAAACGAUGAAGGCUAAAAGCUCCACCACAUGGGUUCAAGUCAUGGCAGAGGAGAAGAUUUCUUCUUAUAAAAUGGGUAGGCUUGAAGAAGUCAAGUCUUUCUCCGAUCGUCGUCUCACCUCUCUUUACUUUCGUCGUCCUCUGGAAUCUUACGCAUUCUCCGUCUUUGCUUUCGUUGCGCUGCCGGAGGAUAGAGAAUCCGUCCAGAUUUGCUGGACUGCUUCCGAUUCGCUUUCAUUGGCUCAUCAUCUCCGAACAUCUCUCCGGGCCGAUCCAAUGGAAGACGAUGAUGAAAGAAAGCUCCCUGAAGCUGAUGUUACUGAUACGUCUGAUAUAGCUAAUCCUUUGCAGAAAAGGAUAGAGGCAUUUGAUAUAGGUGGUUCUGGUUUUAUUCCUAAGGGUGAUACGGCUUUGCAAGGGAUUAGUUCAGCUGAUAGAGUCUUCAAGGAUGAUGAUUUUGAACAAGUUUCUCUGGGAGAUCAGGAAAAGGCUGCCAAUGAAUCUCUGGGUGAACUUAAGGAACCUGGAAGCACUUCAAAAACUGAUUAUGGGAGCUCCUCAUUUGGUGGCACUGAUGUAGCUACUUAUUACUUAUCCGGGACUCAGGAUAUCUAUGAUCUGAUGCCUAUGGACGAUGUACAAAGUGACCGACUUUCUAGCCCUGGACCAGAGAGAGAGGCAGCUUAUUCCAUGCAGCAGUCCCCGUCUGAAACUAGCCUGGAUCCAGAAUCUGGAUAUUCCCCAGUUCAUUCCCCGCUGAAGCCCAAGCCAAAGGCCACAGUUCCAAAUGUUUCUCCAGAGCUACUGCAUCUUGUGGAUUCAGCCAUCAUGGGGAAGCCUGAGAGCUUAGGCAAACUAAAGAAUGUUGUAAGUGGUAUUGAGAAUUUUGGCUGUGGAGAGGAGUCAGAGGCCACUGCUUUUCUUGUUAUUGAUUCACUGAUUGCCACCAUGGGUGGAGUUGAGAGUUUUGAAGAGGAUGAAGAUAGCAACCCUCCUAGUGUCAUGUUAAAUUCCCGUGCUGCUAUUGUUUCUGGUGAGCUUAUUCCCUGGCUUCCUGGUUUAGGUGAUAGCGUUAAUUUUAUGUCCCCGAGGACUCGUAUGGUUCGGGGUUUGCUUGUUAUUUUACGGUCAUGCACGAGAAAUAGAGCUAUGUGUUCAACGGCAGGGUUAUUAGGAGUUUUGUUGCGAUCAGUGGAAGAGAUAAUUUCCAAGGACGUUGAUAUGAAAUGGAAUGCUGCUGCUAUUUUGCUACUAUGUAUUCAACAUUUAGCUGGGCACUCCCUUAGUGUCGAUGAUUUACACAGGUGGCUUCAAGUUAUAAAAGCCGCAGUUACAACAGCGUGGUCAAGUCCGUUGAUGCUUGCUUUGGAGAAGGCAAUGAGUGGAAAGGAAUCAAGGGGACCUGCUUGUACUUUUGAAUUUGAUGGUGAAAGCUCUGGCUUACUUGGUCCCGGAGAAAGUCGUUGGCCCUUUACCAAUGGCUAUGCAUUUGCAACAUGGAUCUAUAUUGAAUCAUUUGCUGACACAUUAAAUGCUGCAACUGCGGCAGCUGCAAUUGCUGCUGCCGCAGCAGCCAAGUCAGGGAAAACAUCCGCAAUGUCAGCUGCGGCGGCUGCGAGCGCUCUUGCUGGUGAGGGCACUGCUCAUAUGCCACGUUUGUUCAGCUUUUUGUCGGCUGAUAAUCAGGGAAUAGAAGCAUAUUUCCAUGCUCAAUUCCUGGUGGUUGAGAGUGGUAGUGGGAAAGGAAGAAAGUCUUCGCUGCAUUUUACUCAUGCAUUUAAGCCUCAAUGUUGGUAUUUUAUUGGUCUCGAGCAUAGCUGCAAGCAGGGACUUCUGGGGAAAGCAGAGAGUGAACUACGGCUAUAUAUUGAUGGAUCCUUGUACGAAAGUCGUCCUUUUGAUUUUCCUCGUAUAUCCAAACCCCUCUCUUUCUGUUGCAUUGGCACAAAUCCUCCUCCUACUAUGGCUGGUCUACAACGUCGCCGUCGUCAAUGUCCUUUGUUUGCAGAGAUGGGACCAGUUUAUAUAUUUAAGGAACCAAUUGGUCCUGAGAGAAUGGCGCGUUUGGCUUCUAGAGGUGGGGAUGUUUUGCCUUGUUUUGGCAAUGGGGCAGGCCUUCCUUGGUUAGCUACAAAUGACUAUGUACGUAAUCAGGCAGAGGAGAGUAGCAUUUUGGAUGCAGAUAUUGGAGGAUAUACCCACCUGCUUUACCACCCUUGUCUGCUAAGUGGGCGAUUUUGUCCAGAUGCUUCACUUUCUGGAGCAGCAGGCACUCUAAGGCGACCAGCUGAGGUCCUUGGACAAGUCCAUGUUGCAACGAGAAUGAAGCCAGUGGAGUCUUUCUGGGCUUUAGCUUAUGGAGGACCCAUGUCCCUGCUUCCUUUGACCGUAAGCAAUGUGCAUAAAGAUAGCUUGGAGCCAUGUCUUGGAAAUCUUCCACUGUCUUUGUCCACAGUUACACUUGCUGCACCUGUAUUUAGAAUUAUGUCAGUCGCUAUUCAACAUCCUGGGAACAAUGAAGAGUUGUGUCGUACUCAGGGACCCGAGAUUCUUGCUAGAAUUCUGAGAUAUCUUCUACACUCACUUGCAUCCCUUGACAGGAAGCAUGACGGAGUAGGAGAAGAGGAACUAGUUGCUGCCAUUGUUUCGCUUUGCCAAUCUCAGAAGAUCAAUCAUGUUCUCAAAGUGCAGCUCUUUCGUACACUUUUAUUAGAUUUGAAAAUAUGGAGCCUGUGCAAUUAUGGUCUCCAAAAGAAGCUAUUGUCAUCCCUUCAAGAUAUGGUUUUCACUGAAGCAACAGCUAUGAGGAAUGCCGAAGCUAUUCAGCUGCUUCUAGAUGGCUGUCGAAGAUGCUAUUGGAUGAUUUCUGAGAAGGAUUCUGAGACCACUUUUCCUCUUGAUGGGAAUACGCGCCAAAUGGGGGAACUCAAUGCUCUGAUUGACGAACUUCUGGUGAUUAUUGAACUUCUAAUGGGAGCAGCAUCUCCUUCUUUAGCUGCUGAUGACCUCCGUCGAUUACUUGGUUUCAUAAUUGACAGCCCACAGCCAAAUCAGGUUGCGAGGGUAUUACACCUUAUGUAUAGGUUGGUUGUACAGCCGAAUGCUACAAGAGCUCAGAUGUUUGCAGAGGUAUUUAUAACAUCCGGUGGUAUAGAAACACUUCUUGUUCUGCUGCAGAGAGAAGCUAAAACUGGUGAGGAUAAUGUUUUAGCUAUGGGUAAGAGUGGAACAAGGUCAUCUACUGAUCCAAGUGAAAAGAGUCCGUACAACGAGUCUGGUUCGGUAAAACAGUUGGAUUCCAAUCCACACGAUAAUGAGAUUGGCUUUGACCUUCCUGGUCCUGAUGAAAAUUCUGUUGAGGAUGAUAAUGUUGAGUCUCUGAAUGAACCAGAGUCAGUUCGACAAGAAAAGGAGCAUGGGUCCGCACCUGUCGUUUGUGAUAGUGACUCAGUUUCCAUCUCCAAUUCCAUAGAUACUGAGAGAAUAUCAGCUGUUUCUGAAAUUGGUGGUAUAAGUCUUUCAAUAAGUGCUGAUAGUGCAAGAAAUAACGUGUACAAUGUUGACAAUAGCGAUGCUGUUGUGGUUGGGAUCAUCAGAUUGAUUGGUGCUUUAAUUUCUAGUGGGCACCUAACAUUUGAUUUGGAUGCCCGUUCUGAUGUGACAAGUAACAUCCUGGGUAGUGGGCUCCAUGAAAAUGGUGGAACAAUGUUUGAUGAUAAAGUCGCAUUGCUACUAUUUGCUUUGCUGAAAGCAUUUCAAGCUGCUCCAAACAGGCUGAUGACUGACAACGUCUAUACAACUUUGCUUGGGGCCUCGAUCAAUGCUUCAUCAACAGAAGAUGGCCUUAACUUUUAUGAUUCAGGUCACCGCUUUGAACAUUCCCAACUUUUGUUAGUCCUCCUGCGGUCUCUACCAUCUGCAUCUAAGGCUCUACAAAGCCGAGCACUUCAGGAUCUUCUGUUUUUGGCUUGCAGUCAUCCGGAAAAUAGAAGCAGUCUGACAGCAAUGGAAGAGUGGCCUGAGUGGAUCUUGGAGAUACUGAUCUCGAACUAUGAGAAGGAUGCAGGGAAGCAGUCUGCUUCAGUGGGUUCUUGUGAGGUAGAAGAUAUGAUUCACAACUUCUUGAUCAUAAUGUUGGAACAUUCAAUGCGCCAGAAGGAUGGUUGGAAGGAUAUCGAGGCCACAAUUCAUUGUGCAGAGUGGCUUUCUAUCGUUGGUGGUUCUAGCACUGGAGAGCAAAGAAUUAGGCGUGAGGAGUCAUUACCAAUUUUCAAAAGAAGACUUUUUGGUGGAUUGCUAGACUUUGCUGCCAGAGAACUGCAGGCUCAGACUCAAGUUAUUGCUGCAGCAGCUGCUGGUGUUGCUGCAGAGGGUCUAGCACCAAAAGAUGCAAAGGCAGGAGCAGAAAAUGCUGCUCAGCUUUCUGUUUUUCUGGUGGAAAAUGCAAUCGUGAUUUUGAUGCUUGUCGAAGAUCAUUUGCGGUCACAAAGCAAACAGACUUGUGCAGCAAAUGCAGUUGCUGCUUCUCCAUCUCCUCUUAAAAAUCGUACAAGCACACUGACAGCGAUCGGAGAAUCAUCAGAGAUUUCUAGCAGCCGUGCUUCACUGUCAAGUGAUUCAGGGAAGGUCCCUUUAGAUAUACUCGCUUCAAUGGCUGAUUCAAGUGGACAGAUUUCUGCAGUCGCAAUGGAGCGCCUUACUGCUGCUUCCGCAGCUGAGCCUUAUGAAUCUGUUUCAUGUGCUUUUGUUUCAUAUGGCAGCUGUGCCAUGGAUUUGGCUGAGGGUUGGAAGUACAGGAGUCGAUUGUGGUAUGGUGUUGGCCUUCCCUCUAAACCCAGUUUACUUGGUGGUGGUGGCAGUGGUUCAGAAUCCUGGAAAUCUACUUUAGAAAAAGAUGCUCAUGGAAACUGGAUUGAACUUCCCUUGGUUAAAAAAUCUGUAUCCAUGCUUCAAGCUUUGCUGUUAGAUGAGUCUGGACUCGGAGGUGGCCUUGGAAUAGGUGGAGGAUCUGGUACUGGGAUGGGAGGGAUGACAGCCCUCUACCAGUUACUGGACAGUGAUCAGCCUUUCUUAUGUAUGCUACGGAUGGUGCUUCUGUCUAUGAGGGAAGAAGACUAUGGCGAAGAUAAUAUGUUGAUGAGAAAUCUAAGUUCUGAACGCUCCUCAGGGAAUUCAGUUACAGUAGAUAGUGGUUCUCAGAUGUCUAUGCGACAAUCCCGAUCAGCUUUAUUGUGGAGUGUGCUAUCUCCUAUCAUAAACAUGCCAAUAUCCGAUUCAAAGAGGCAGAGAGUACUGGUUACUGCAUGUGUUCUCUAUUCUGAGGUAUGGCAUGCUAUCAGCAGAGACAGAAGACCACUUCGUAAGCAGUAUAUAGAAGCUAUUUUACCACCAUUUGUUGCCGUCCUCCGGAGAUGGCGACCACUUUUGGCCGGCAUUCAUGAACUUGCCACUGCUGAUGGUAUGAAUCCCCUUGUCGUUGAUGAUCGUGCCUUGGCUGCUGAUGCUCUCCCCGUUGAGGGUGCUCUUUCUAUGAUUACUCCUGAGUGGGCUGCUGCUUUUGCUUCACCGCCUGCUGCAAUGGCUCUGGCGAUGAUAGCUGCAGGGGCAGCUGGUUGGGAAGCACCACCACCUCCUACACCUUCACAUCUUAGGCGAGACUCUUCAAUGCUUGAGCGUAAGACUGCAAAACUUCAGACCUUUUCAAGCUUCCAGAAACCGCUGGAGCCUCCAAACAACAAUGCACCACCUCGACCAAGAGACAAAGCUGCUGCAAAAGCGGCAGCUUUGGCAGCCGCACGAGAUCUUGAACGAAAUGCAAAGAUUGGUUCAGGAAGAGGUCUGAGCGCUGUUGCAAUGGCAACAUCUGCACAGCGGAGGAAUAUCGGUGACAUGGAGCGUUUACAGAGAUGGAACACUUCUGAAGCUAUGGGAGUGGCGUGGAUGGAAUGUCUCCAACCAGUGGAUACAAAAUCAGUUUAUGGAAAAGAUUUUAAUGCUUUGUCCUACAAAUUUAUUGCUGUACUUGUUGCGAGUUUUGCAUUAGCACGUAACAUGCAAAGAUCAGAGAUUGAUAGGCGUAUGCAAGAUGAUAUCCUAGCAGCAAAUCGCCUAUGCUUGGGAAGCCGUGCUUGGCGAAAACUAAUUCGUUACUUGGCAGAGAUACAAUGCUUUUUUGGGCCUUUUGGAGAUGGAAUAUGCAGUCCUGAACGCGUUUUCUGGAAACUUGAUUCUAUGGAAAGCUUUUCGAGGAUGAGACAAUGUAUAAGGAGGAAUUAUUCUGGGACUGAUCAUCAUGGGGCUGCAGCAAAUUAUGACGAUCAGACAGACACAAAAAGUGAUAAUGGUAGCAAGGGUUCUCCGUCAAAUCCUCCUGUUCUUGCUGCUGAACUUGAUGUCAAAAGCAAUGCUGAAGAACAUAGAAGGGAUGAAGGGAGGAUAUCUGGGUCACAUGAGCAUGCAUCCAGAACUUCAGCAGGAACUAGCGAUCCUCGAACAUCGAAUGACCUUGAAAUGGUCCGAGAUUCUUCAGUAGUAGCACCUGGUUUUGUUCCCAGUGAACUUGAUGAAAGGAUCCUUCUUGAACUUCCAACAUCUAUGGUCCGGCCACUAAGGGUUGUAAAAGGAACCUUUCAAAUUACAACAAGGAGAAUAAAUUUUAUUGUAGACAACAGAGAAAGCCAGAAUUUGGCUGAUCACUCAGAUGAGUCCCAAUCAGGUGAUCAAGAAAAGGAUCGUAGUUGGCCAAUGUCUUCUCUUCAUCAGAUUUAUAGCCGGAGAUAUCUCCUGAGAAGGAGCGCCCUGGAACUCUUUAUGGUUGACCGUUCAAACUUCUUCUUUGAUUUUGGGAAUACUGAGGGAAGAAGAAAUGCAUAUCGAGCUAUCGUGCAAGCAAGGCCUCCUCACUUAAACAAUAUUUACCUAGCAACUCAGAGGCCGGAACAGCUUUUGAGAAGAACUCAGUUAAUGGAGCGCUGGGCUAGAUGGGAGAUCAGCAAUUUUGAAUACUUAAUGCAGCUUAACACGUUGGCUGGCCGUAGUUACAAUGACAUUACUCAGUAUCCUGUUUUCCCAUGGAUUAUUUCUGACAACAGUUCAGAAAGUCUGGACCUUUCAAAUCCAUCUACCUUCAGAGAUCUUUCCAAGCCAAUUGGUGCAUUGAACCCAGAGCGGCUCAAAAAAUUUCAAGAGCGAUAUUCUAGCUUCGAAGAUCCAGUUAUUCCCAAAUUCCACUAUGGCUCACAUUACUCGAGUGCUGGAGCAGUGUUGUAUUAUCUGGCCAGAGUUGAACCUUUCACAACCCUGUCAAUUCAACUUCAAGGUGGAAAGUUUGAUCAUGCAGACCGCAUGUUUUCAGACAUUCCAGGCACUUGGAAUGGAGUUCUAGAAGACAUGAGUGAUGUGAAAGAAUUGGUUCCAGAGUUGUUUUACCUCCCUGAGGUGCUGACCAACGAAAAUUCGAUUGACUUUGGUACAACACAGUUGGGAGACAAGCUUGAUGCUGUAAAACUUCCUCCUUGGGCCAAAAACCCAGUGGAUUUUGUACACAAGCAACGAAGGGCUCUUGAGAGCGAGCAUGUAUCUGCUCAUUUGCAUGAAUGGAUUGAUCUCAUAUUUGGGUAUAAGCAACGUGGCAAAGAAGCUAUAAUGGCAAAUAACGUUUUCUUCUACAUUACCUACGAGGGGACUGUUGAUAUUGAUAAGAUCACGGACCCGGUACAACAACGUGCUACACAAGACCAGAUAGCUUAUUUUGGGCAAACACCAUCCCAGCUAUUAACUGUUCCUCACAUGAAGAGGAUGCCGUUGAAAGAUGUCCUACAUAUGCAGACUAUUUUUCGAAAUCCAAAAGAAAUAAAACCGUAUGCUGUUCAAACCCCAGAACGCUGCAACUUACCAGCCUCAGCCAUUCAGGCAUCUUCAGAUAGUGUUGUGAUUGUGGACAUGAAUGUGCCAGCAGCUCGUGUUGCACAGCACAAGUGGCAACCAAACACUCCUGAUGGCCAAGGUACUCCCUUCCUCUUCCAUCACGGGAAGGCAACAACAACUUCAACUAGUGGAUCAUUGAUGCGCAUGUUCAAGGGUCCAGCUAGUUCUGGAACUGUUGACUGGCAAUUUCCUCAGGCACAAGCAUUUGCCUCAUCAGGAAUCAGAAGUUCAUCCGUUGUUGCUAUUACCAGCGAUGGGGAAAUAAUCACAGGUGGACAUGCGGAUAAUAGUAUCAAGCUAGUCUCAUCUGAUGGGGCAAAAACUCUGGAAACAGCUUUUGGGCACUGUGCCCCUGUUACAUGUCUGGCUCUUUCUCCAGACAACAACUUCCUUGUGACGGGUUCACGGGACAGUACUGUUUUGCUGUGGAGAAUUCACAAGGCGUUUACUACUCGAACAAGCGUGUCUGAGCCAUCAACUGGCUCUGGAGCGCCUUCCUCCACAAGCAACACGAAUCUGGCCAACACGUUGGCAAACAAAGGCAAAAAAUGUCGCCUUGAAGGGCCUAUACAAGUGCUCCGAGGCCACCGAAGAGAAAUAAUUUGUUGUUGUGUCAGCUCAGACCAAGGAGUCGUUGUUUCGUCUUCUGAGUCCUCAGAUGUUCUAUUGCAUUCCAUUAGAAAAGGACGGCUGAUCAGACGAUUAGUUGGCGUGAAGGCAGAUUCUCUCUGCAUUUCAUCUGAUGGGGUUAUAAUGGCAUGGAGUAGUUCGGAAGGUUCUAUUACCGUUUUCACCAUUAACGGAGUUCUGAUUGCCAAAGCAAAACUUCCUUUCUUUUGUAGCAUUGGUUGCAUGGAAAUAUCCAUGGAUGGUCAAAAUGCCUUGAUUGGGAUGAACUCAUGUGCCAGCUCGGAUUAUUCGAGUAGUAAUGAUACAUCAAAAGAUGGCAAAGAAAUUGAAAGACUGGAAGUUCCAUCUCCUUCAAUUUGCUUCCUCAACUUAUACACACUGCAGGUAUUCCAUGUGCUAAAGCUUGGUCAAGGCCAGGAUAUAACCGCACUGGCUCUGAAUGUUGACAACACGAACCUCUUAGUUUCCACCGAAGAUAAACAAUUGAUAAUCUUCACUGAUCCGGCUUUAAGCUUGAAGGUGGUGGAUCAGAUGCUGAAGCUCGGGUGGGAAUGAGAGAAAGGAAUCAAACCUCAUUGAUACAAUAUCACGGAAACUCACGGCAAGAAAAAUCUGUCGGAAAACCUCAUGCUGGAAUACUCGGGGAAGUCCGAGGUGUAGCAAGCCAUGGAAAUCUUAAAAUCAGAUUGUGGACAUGUUUAUUCGUCUGUAACAUAUGUAAGUAUGGUUAGUCGUCCCAGUAAAGUGAUCCCGUUUCA